UCGCUAGUCGCAGCUUUAAAUACAGAAAAGAAUCUUUAUUAGUUGUUUCUAAUUUUCUUAAAAUUUCUAUCAUUUUCUCUUCUCGGCUCUGGCCAUGAAACUUUAACCUCUCUCUAUCUCUAUCUAUCUCUUCACAGAUGGAUGUAAUGCAAGAAAAUAAUUGUGGGGCUGUUCUUGAAGAUUCACCCAGCGAUAAAUUACUUUCUCCAGAAUCUGCUGAUGUACGUGAUGAAUAUAGUGAGCCAGAGUUGCUUCCUCGAGUUGGCUAUGAGUUUCAGGUUGAAAUUCCAUCUCUAGUAGCAGAAUCUGACUGCCUCUUCGGUACAAAGAACCCAGCUGACAUUCCCCACACAUUGCUAACGGGAUUGCCGAUACCAGCAACCUGGAUCAAUGAUGAAGUUGGAUAUAAACAUGAACCCCUGGAAGCUCAUGGUGAUUCAAUUGAUAUAUCAGGAUGUGCCAAAGGGACCCAAAAUUCUUCUGGAAGGUGCCGUUUGAAACCAAAAGUUGAGCCUAAGAAUGAAAUGGAUCAGAAGGAUAAUGGCAAAGGCUACCAAUUGGUUCCAGGUUCUGCAGAUGACACAUGGGGUGAAAUUGAUAAAGCUAGUUUUGUCCUUGGUUUAUAUAUCUUUGGGAAGAAUCUUGUUCAGGUGAAGAAAUUUGUUGGGAGUAAAAGGAUGGGGGAAAUACUGUCAUUGUACUAUGGAACAUUCUAUAGGUCAGAAAAAUACCUUAAGUGGUCAGAGUGCAGGAAAAUAAAAAGCAAAAGAUGUGUAUAUGGGCAAAGAAUUUUUACAGGAAUCAGGCAACAGGAAUUGCUAUCUCGUUUACAACUCCAUUUGUCGGAGGAAAGUCGAAAUACUCUAUUAGAGGAUUCCAAGGCACUUGAAGAGGGAAAACUUUCUUUGGAAGAGUAUGUUUUUACUUUAAGGGAUAAAGUUGGGUUGAAUGCUCUUGUGGAGGCAGUUGGAAUUGGUAAAGGGAAGCAGGAUCUCACAGGCAUGGCCAUGGAGCCUUUGAAGUCCAAUCAAGUUGAUAAUGGCCGUCCAGAGAUACCCAUUGGCAAGGAAUGGUCCAAGCUUACAUCCAUGGAGAUUAUCAAAUUUCUGACAGGAGGUUACAGGUUAAGCAAAGCACGCUCAAGUGAUGUCUUCUGGGAAGCUGUUUGGCCUCGCUUACUAGCAAGAGGGUGGCACUCUGAGGAGCCAAAUAAUCAUGGUUGUGCUUCAGGGUCCAAGCAUUCAUUGGUCUUUCUUAUCCCUGGUGUAAAGAAGUUUUCAAGAAGGAAAUUAGUGAAGGGAAACCACUAUUUUGAUUCAGUCAGUGAUGUCCUGAACAAAGUUGCUGGAGAACCUGGGCUUCUUGAGCUUGAGAUUGGAGAUGAUAAGGGAGAUACUAGCAAGGAAGAAAAUGGAUGGGCCAAUGAAACUGUAUUGAACAAAGUAGAUUUUGCUGAUCAGCAGCGGCACUGUUAUCUCAGGCCCCGUACUCCAAAUUGUAAGGAUGUCAUGAAGUUUACUGUUGUGGACACAAGUCUUGCUAACGGGGGAACAAUGAAGGUUAGAGAAUUGAGAAGCUUGCCAGUCGAAAUGAGGAAUCCUACCAGCUCCAGAAGUCAUACUGAAGAUAGUGGCACAGAAACUUCUGAGGAGUCAACAGAUGAAUCUGAUUCUCCUGAUACCAUGUGUCCUGAUAGGGAAAAACAAAAUGGUUUAAAACCAACAAAGAUAGAUAUCGAUGAGUCCUUUAAUGGGUUACUCAGGAAUGCUUCAAAUGCAGUCGAUUUUGACAUGGAUGUGUCUUUUGACAGGAUUCUCAGUAAUGCUUCAAAUGGGACCUUAUCAGUAUGUGGCCCGGACUUGACUAAUGCACCUGUUGUAAAAUUUUCAGACCAGAAAAGCAGUAUCUGCAAUGGCACACAACCAAGAAAUGCAAUAAAAGCCGAAUUGAGCCAGAGAAUGAAACCUAGCAAUAAUGUUCGUCUAGCCCCUGCUACAAAAAAAGGUCGGAGACUAACUGCUUGUAAUCGUUCGGAGACUACCGGUGUCACAAUUAAUGGCUUAGUGAGUCCUGUAUUUAAACAAGAUGAGGCCAGAUGCAGUGAUGGCUAUGCUGAUUCUAGUGAGAGUGUCACCUUUCAAGUUGAUCCAUCGCAGGAGAAUUUAGCAUCCACUGGCCCUUUGCAUAAGGGAGGCUUAAUCACAAGUGGUGAAGGCAAUCUCAGUAAUACAAUUUCUGAUGUUGAACAUCCUUACGAGGAACCUCCACUCCGCAGGGUGAUCGACCUAAACUUGCCUAUUCUUCCAGAUGGUGAAACUGAUGAAUAUUUUAUCAAGGAAGAGACAAAAGGACAACCUGAUCAGACAAGCAGACAACCGGAUGAUUCCAGUGCAAAUUUGCAUACUUUGGAACAGCAGCCUAACAUGAUCAAUCGGAGACACAGUACAAGAAACCGUCCUCUGACCACCAAAGCACUGGAAGCUCUUGCUUUUGGAUUUUUAAACACAAAGCAGAAGCGGAGAUUUGGAGAUGCCUUUCCACAAGAAACCCAGUUACCUUCUCGUCGUGCCCGUAGUAGGGGAAGAGUUAAUGAGAAUCUUGGCAGUGCUGUUGCCAAUUUACAACAUGAUGAGGAGACACAAGAUGAUCUGUGUAGUGAAAAUAACAAUAUUUUCGCUUCAAAUCUUGGAUUAAAAGUUGAUUGAGUGCUCUGAUUAUGGCAUAAUAAUAUAACUUCCAGCAACGUUUUAUAUAGAUUAUCAUCAUCCCGUCAGCUGCUUUGGAGUCUGUGAUCUACGAAGAGCAUUGCAAUGCAGCAUAUAUAGAGAUUUCAUGAGACCAGAAUGUCCACGGGAAGAUUUACAGGAUGCAAGCAUUCUGCCUGGUACCAAGACUGCAGUUGAUUCUACAUUCUGAUCAAGAUUCUCCUCCCAUUGUAAAAGUGAUUUUAGUUCAUUAUAAUCCAAUGCAGAAUCCAUAUUGACAGACACUAUAGGUUGCCUUUUGUGUUUGUUUUCAUUAUAAAUCAUCCUUAAUGAAGUGAAAAUUUAUGGUCUAUUACUUUUUUCAA